AUGGAAGGCGGUUUUUCCCCAGCCAAUUCUCUCGCCGGUUCGCCGGCACCGGAGAUCCCAAUGCUGACAGUGUCCCCGGCGGACACUUCAUUCAACGACCCAUCUAUGAAGGUAGGGGAUAGCAAAGCGGAAGAGAAGAAGCCGGUCAAGAAGAGAAAGUCCUGGGGUCAGGAGUUGCCAGUCCCGAAGACUAACUUGCCCCCAAGGAAACGGGCCAAGACUGAAGAUGAGAAAGAGCAGCGCCGUAUUGAACGUGUUCUUCGGAAUCGUGCUGCGGCACAAACCUCACGCGAGCGCAAGAGGCUCGAAAUGGAGAAGUUAGAGAACGAGAAGAUUCAAAUGGAGCAACAGAACCAGUUUCUUCUCCAGCGGCUAUCCCAGAUGGAAGCCGAAAACAAUCGCUUAAACCAGCAAAUCGCCCAACUAUCUGCUGAGGUCCGAGGUUCCCGCGGCAACACCCCAAAUCCCGGCUCCCCCGCAACAGCUUCUCCCACACUCACCCCGACUCUGUUCAAACAAGAGCGCGACGAAAUUCCCCUCGAAAGAAUACCUUUCCCCACACCGUCUCUUACCGAUUACUCCCCUACCUUGAGGCCUUCCACUCUGGCUGAGUCCUCCGACGUGACACAACAUCCUGCAGCGGUGUUGUGUGACCUGCAGUGUCAGUCGUCGGACUCGAAGGAGAAGGAAGCGCCCUCACACUUUUUGACCUCGGACCAAACGCUGAACCUCACGCUGCCGAUGAUAUUGCAGCUCCUCUUUCUGACGAUGACUUCCACCGCCUAUUCAACGUUGAUUCACCCGUUGGGUCAGAUUCUUCAGUCCUUGAAGAUGGGUUCGCCUUUGACGUUCUCGACGGAGGAGAUCUAUCAGCAUUUCCAUUUGAUUCUAUGGUUGAUUUCGGCCCCGAAUCUGUCGGCUUCGAAGGCAUCGAGCCGCCCCACGGUCUUCCGGAUGAGACUUCUCGCCAGACUUCUAGCGUGCAACCCAGCCUUGGCGCGUCCACUUCGCGAUGCGACGGGCAGGGCAUUGCAACUGGCUGUUAGCGAGAAAUUUCUUAAGGAAGACCCUUCGGCUAUCGAUGUUGGCGGAGUCCAAUGGAGCUGGGAGUCCCUGUUGACCUUGGCGUGGACGAUAGACCUACUCGAAAAGCCAGGACGACGCAAACGAAUCUUGAGCGGUUUGAAAUCAGCGCAAAACGGACGGCGAAGUAAUAUCGGGAAGUCUCUAAGGAGUACACGGAGUUCAGGGAGUUCACAAAGCACCCGAGAGGCGUUGACGUCUCUCCUUAUGGGCAAGCAUAGUUGA